AUGGGCUGUGGGAACAGUAAGGUGCUGCCUGAGGCAUCCAAGAAGGGCUAUGUAAGUGUGGUGCAGUCUCUUGUGGCCUUCAGCAAAGCACAUAAUGAUGAUGACGAUGAACCAAAGAAGCGUUUGGGGAAGAAAAGAGGCCCCUGGUCUUCCACCGGUGUCAAGAACCAUCAGCCACCAUCAAACAGCCAACAGCUGACACUCAGAGAUGGACGACCACAGGACAAAGUUGCCAAGUAUAAGGACAAGUUUGAUCCACGUGUUACAGCAAGAUACGACAUCAAGGCUCUGAUCGGUUGUGGAAGCUUCAGCCGCGUUGUGCGUGUAGAGCACAGGGCGACUCGCCAGCCCUUUGCCAUAAAAAUGAUGGAGGUGGAGGCCCCAGAGGGCCGUGAGGUGUGCGCAUCAGAGUUGGCGGUGCUGCAGCGGGUGAGCCAUGCUAAUGUGAUUCAGCUGAUCGAGGUGUUUCAGUUUCCACAGCGGGUUUACAUGGUGCUGGAACUGGCAACAGGUGGGGAGCUGUUGGACCGUGUUGUCAGCAGGGGCCACUUCACUGAGAGGGACGCUACCCAGGCUCUCCGGAUGGUGCUGGCUGGGGUGGGAUACCUGCACAAUCUGGGUAUCGUCCACAGAGAUUUGAAGCCUGAGAAUCUUUUGUAUUACCAUCCCGGAGCUGACUCCAGGCUGCUGGUGACCGAUUUUGGAUUGGCCACUUUCGGUGGCAGAGGCAUGAGGUCAGAGGUUUCUGAUGUGAGCAAGAGGGGAGAUCAGACUGGUGCAGAGCAGUUAUGGUCCCUGAGAACCACUUGUGGAACACCGGAAUACAUAGCCCCUGAAGUGUUGCUGAGGAGACCCUAUUCCUGUGCAGUGGACAUGUGGUCCCUGGGGGUGGUCGCCUACAUUGUGCUGAGUGGAUCUAUGCCGUUUGAGGACGAUAAUCGAACACGGCUCUACAAAUCCAUUGUGAGAGGAAAAUACAGCUUCCAUGGAGAUCCUUGGCCCUCAGUGUCCAACCUGGCAAAGGACUUCAUCCAGCGUCUGCUGGCGUUGGACUCGGCCACACGCCUGACCGCUGACGAAGCUAUCCGUCACUCCUGGGUGGUCACCAUGGCAGCCAGCUCCUCCAUGAGGAACCUCCAUCGAUCUAUUUCCCGUAACUUAAGGCAGCGUGCAUCACACAGCUCCUCACGGUGCCCGAGCAGCACCACAAGUUCCAGUGAUGCCAACAGCAUGGGUCUGGGAAAGCUAAUGUUGUUGGAAAAAAAACAGAGUAGCAUCAUGGCAGAGCAUCUGGACUGA